AGCGAAGAGGCAGAGCUGGGUUCUGUCACCGGGGGAAAAGUGGCGUUAUUGCACUUUAUUACUUAAAACAAGCAGUUAAAAUACUUUUCUUUUGCGCUAGAAGUGGACCGUUUUGUUUGUUUUCUUUCUCAGUUGCUAACUGAGUGAAUGACGUUAUCGGGAAGUUUUCGGAGAAACAGAGAUUUUCGGAUGUCGGAAACAAAAUGCACUUUUGGAUUUUAACUUCAACAGACUCACCUUUUCAGUGCUUGGUUUCCACGGUAACGGAGCGCGCGCCGGGCGGAUGUGUGCGCGCCGCCAUUUUGCGCACAGGUGCCGCUGUUAAAACAGAACAGAAGUAAAGGGGCUCGUGCGCGGAUUUUUGAAUGCCUUUGCGGGGAGUUUGCUGGUGGCUGUGCUGCACGCGAGGCUUCCGUUUGCUGGGGCGCGAGCAUGGAGGGAGAGAAGAGGAGGAGGAGGAAGAGGAGGAGGAAGAGUCGUUCGAGUUGCGCAAUAAGGAGGAGUGCACGCGCCGCCGCGCGCCGGGCCAACUGGAAGUGACUCUUUCUCAGCCGGCUCGAUCAGCCAAUGGCACGCCCAGCCUGUCAGGUGUGUCGGAGGACAAACUGAUAAACGAGGGGAAAGUGAAGAUGGAAGACGACCCGGAGGUCCUCGUUAAGGGCUGGCUGCUGCGUGAGGUGCAGGCCGGUUGGAUCCGAUACAGGAGGUUCUGGUUCACUCUGACCGCAGACUCUCUGGAGUGUUACAACGGCCCUGAGAAAGACGCUCGUACCGUGGGCAUGCUGGUCCUCACCUCGCUCUGCUCCGUCCUCUGGCCCGACAAACACACCUACAAACAGACAGGUUACUGGAGUUUGACUGUGUUCGGGCGGAAGCACUGCUACAAGCUCUUCACGAAACACUUUAACGAGGCGGUGCACUGGGCGUGUGCAGUACAGAAGGUCAUCGACAGCAAAGCGCCAGUGGAGACGCCGACUCAGCUCCUCGUCCGCGACAUAGAGGAGAACAAGUUUAACCCCGAAGUGGUGGAGCACAUCUAUCAACACAAUCCCAUCCUGACGUACACACAGAGUCCUCUCUACGCUCCUCUGCUACCCUUCCCGUACGGCAGCCUGGACCACUUACAUCUAGGUGGUAAAGGCUACGUGUCCGUGCGAGAGGAAGCCGUCAGACUGUUUAACUGCGUGCAGCAGCUGGAGUCGGAGCGAGAGCCCGUCCCUCUGAUCCAGGGCGUCCUGCAGACCUGCCUCGACCUCCGACCCCUGAGGGACGAGCUCUACUGCCAGCUCAUCAAACAGACCAGCAUCGCGCACACGCGCACGCACACGGACACGCAGACGCAGAGCGGAGCCCGGCUGCGCUACUGGCAGCUACUGACCUGCGCCAGCUGCACCUUCCUGCCCAGCAGCCCCGUGCUCCGAUACCUGCGCUUCCACCUCAAGAGGGUGCAGAGUGUGUGUGUGGACUUGGAGGUGGAGAGCUACGCCUCGUUCAUCGCCCAGGCUCUGGAGAAAACACGCUGCCGUGAGUGUGUGCCGUCCUGGGAGGAGAUCCAGGGCCUGAUGACGCGACAGGAGAUGGUGUGUACUGUCCAGUACCCCGGGCCAGGCUGCUGCAGGAUUCCCAUCAGCUCACACACUACUGCUAACGAGGUGGUGAGGAAGGUGGCGGAGCAUCUCGGCCUGCAGCACAGCCGCAACACCUUCGCUCUCUUCGAGCAGAAGGGCUCCUGGGAAAGGGUGAUCGGGGGCGGCACCAUCAUCGCCGAUGUCAUCACCAGGUUUGAAAAUCUGUCAGCGAAGGAGUCAGACCUGGAGUGUCAGUGGAGGCUGUGCUUUAAACUCUACUGCCUUCUGGACACAGACAGCAUCAGCACAGACAGCAUCGAGUACCUGUUCCUCUACGAGCAGUGCCAUGAGAUGGUGGUGCGAGGUCAGCUACCCGUGUGUGAGGACGACCUGCUGUCUCUAGCCGCUCUCAGGCUGCAGGCUCUGCUCGGUGAUUACGGAUCGUUGGCUCCGUACCCGGCGCUCGAGCAGCUGUACCCGGCGCGCGCGCUGGAGAACCGGGCGCUGCUUCCUCCUGCCGAGGCUCCCGGGUGUCCCCCGUUCCCCGCCGGCCUCCUAGGGGCGCUGUGGGGUCAGAAGCGGCGAGACGGACAGGAGCAGCGACAGCGUGCCAGGUUGCGAGACGAGGCCACGGCUCUGUCGACCAGCAUCAUGGAGCGGUGGAAGUCCCUGUCCGGGUACAGCCGCGCAGACAGCAUGGCCGCCUACCUCGCCAUCGCACGCCAGUGGCCAGGCUUCGGGUGCACGCUCUACGAAGUGGACUUCUAUAUGAGUUCGAGCGGAAGCUUCUCUCAGCGUCUGUGGCUGGGCGUCGCCGCUUCCUGCGUGUCUCUGUAUCGCCCGGGCGAGGCCGAGGCGCUCGAGUCGCUCCCCAUCACGCAGAUCUGCUCGUACGGCGUCUCCGACAGCAACACCUUCACCAUCACCGCCACCGACCGCCACCUCCUGUUUCACACCUCAGAGCUGACUGAGAUCAUGCAGCUGAUGAAUGCCUACUUCAGUGCCACCCGACGCCAGCUGGCCAAGGACGACUGCAUCACCAUGGAAACCGGCUCAAAGCUCCGCCCCUCCCUGCUGGAACUGCCCUCUCACCCGGUUUGAAGAGACACGCAGCCGAUUCUAAAGCGGCCCCCGUCCAAUCGCUCCGCCCACUCUGUCCAAGACGUAGAGACUCGAUCCGUCCCGAGACAAACGGAGGACAGACAGAGAGAGAGAGCGAGAGAGCACAGGACGGGAUGGACGACGGCCAAAGAUCCCAGAAUCCCGAGCACACGCCUGGCCCGGCUGAUUAAAAAGCCCGAGAGAAACUCCGCUGAAUACGGAAGGACAACGAGAAAACACACACAAACACGCACACACACACACACGCCGUGAGACAUACAUUCGAGACAUUUUAUGGACGAUUUCGUCUCACAGAGAACUUCAUCCACCCUGCUUCAUACUCCCUACGAACUGCAUUAUGGGAUUUACGGACACUUGACACGGUGCACUUCACACUCGAUGCCAUGCGCUCUACAUAGAGAACAGGGUGCGAUUUAACUCCCGCAGCUCGUGCAUGCGUGUGCGCGCGCACCUUCCAACCAAAGCAUCCGUAGCGCCUCUUUAGCGCCUUAUUUCCUGUUUCCUUCAAACAAACCCUCUCUAUAUCAAUCUCGAGAGGCGGCCAUUUUGGAUCCGGAAGACGUGAUUUUUUCCGGAGGUCCGCUUCACAGCCGACGCGACCAGGAAUCCAGGUUCUCUUAACGAAGCGUAACCUUCCCCCACACGACGCCGUCGUCUCUCCGGACCUCGCUCCCGGUUCAAAAUAAACCAGAUGAAAUAAUCCAGGCCUCGUUACUCGACCCGUAUGAAGGCUUACGUCACGCGUAUGUAGGAUUUCUGUAGGAUUAACAGCUCACACGCAGUGCAGCACAUAACCGUACCCGAAUAAUCUCAGCACCUGCUGACUCCCUCAUCGUCAUUUUGCUUUUGAUAAUAUGUAUAAAGUCACUUCGUUGUUUUAUUAUUAUUUUUUUUAAUUUAUGGACAUCUAUCUGUACGUGUUUUUUUUGUUUUUUAUUAUUAUUAUUAUUAUUACCUGUUUUUAUAUCUCCUUACGAAGAAGAAGAAAAAACCUAUGUGUAUUAUAUUCCUUUAUUAAUCACACACGAGAAUAAUUAAUCACCGAGUCCCGAUGUAUAUAGUUCGUCUAUUUCUUUUGACCCCGUAUCGAGAGGGCCGUCCCAAACGACGCAUCCGUCGGUCGCGAGAGACGCCGCGACCGCCGUUUAUUUCCACGCGGACCAAACGUACGAGGGUGAUCAGAACAGAUCUGAUACGUUUAUUUAUUUACGUUUUCUUUGUCCUAACCACCGAACUCGCACGUGAAGCUCGAGCCCAGUUCGUUCGUUCAGCCGUGCCUCAAGAAAGACUUGCCACCUGUGCCUGGAACGAAUAAUAAUAAUAAUAAUACAAAUAAUGAACAUACGGUCAGUCAACGUCAAGUCUGAUGGAAUAAAUCUUAAGACAUCAAAAGAUCAGCUUAUGGAUGAUACGGUACACGAGACAGAGUCGUGUCGUCUUACCCGGAGAGCAUCAGACUUCACACCUGCCCGUGAAAACAAACCAAAGUGCCAACGAAAUCACCUAGCGACGUAUUACAGAGAGAAACAAAACAUUUAAUAUACGUUUUAAAAAGCGUUAAAAAAUUAAAGAAUGAUAUCAAAGUGUUAAAAAAAAAUACAGUUCUUGCUGUGAAUUUUUUUUUUUUUUUAAAUAAUAAUAAUAAUACUUUUUUGUUGUUUUUUCGGACUCCUCUGAGUGUGUGCGCGAGUCGCGGUUUCGUUUCUAUUACGUGUAGAAACGUCGUUCCCUUUCCGCACGCCGUCCCCCGUCCAACAGCAUCACUUAAGCAGCUGCAGGCAGCUCCGCCCACCAUCUUAAAGCUUCACGCCGCAUACGCUAAGACGAAGCGUGUCGAGUCGGGACGCCGCACGGUAACGCGUCGUGUCGCGCGUCGUGUCGCGCGUCAUGUCGCGCGUCUGUAGAGAGUUGCACUAUUGUCUGUACCGCUAACGUGAAUGUGCAAUAAUAAACAAUAAUGGUAGAUACUGUAUGUGAUUACAUAAUAAAGGCAGCACCAUUGGA